GUGCCUGCACCUCUGGGAGAAUGAAGGUGAUCCUUCUGACUGCUGCUUUUCUUGCUUUGGUCUCUGUGUCCUGGUUGCAGGCAGUGUGGCUGGGAAGGCUGAACCCUAAGCAGCUCCUCGGGCCCUGGUACAUCCUGGCCGUGGCCUCCCGUGCUAAGGACUUCAUGUUGGAGAAGGGCAUGAAGAAUGUGGAAGGUGUCGUGGUGACUCUUACUCCAGAUAACAAAUUGAGAGUUCAGUCUUCUCGGCAUGGGCCAGAUGGGUGUCAUCAGAGCACGGUGGAGUUGCUGAAGCAAAAUUCCCGAUGGGUGUUUGAGAAUCCCUCUCUGGGUAUACUGGAUUAUCGGGUCCUGGGCACUAACUUCAAAGACUACGCUGUCAUCUUCACACAGCUGGAAUUUGGGGAUGAGGUCUUCAACACAGUGGAGUUGUACAGUCGAACUGAGGUGGCCAGCCAGGAGGCCAUGCAGCUGUUUACGAAAUGGAGCCAGGGUCUGGGCUUCUUGUCUCAACAGCAGGCCCAACUGCAGAGGGACUUCACGUGUGCACACAAGAUCCUCCAGUGAGUGCCAUACCCUGGAGAUGGCACCACAGCAUCCUGGCAUCCUGGUGGAGGUGGGCAGGAUCUGUCUUUGCACAGUGGCUGGUGGUACUGGUGUCUGUCAGCUGCUCCCCUAGGCUCUUGCUUGGGUUAAAAUAAAGUGAUUUUACAAGUAAA